CUACUUGACUCUCGAAAAUUUAUAUUUAGCCCCUUUUUUCUGUAUUUAUAAAUGUGCCAUGCCUCUGCAUACUUUAGAUGUCGUAUAUUAGCAAUCUUUUGUAUAAUAUCCGCCUUGCUCCAUUCGAUUGUAAUCUCUGCAGGAUCCGCGAUAGCAUAAUUGGCCAAAGCCGUGAUCGGUUGUUUAGAUCUUAUAUUUUUUUCGUGCUCCUUCAAUCUUUCUCUUAAUGAUCUCUUUGUGGCUCCUAUAUAAUAUAACUCUUUCUUUAGCCUUUUAUCAUGCAACGGUAUUCUGUACACACCUGGAACUAGCCUCCUGUCUAUUGGUGUUUUGUCAUUUCUUAGCAUUUGGAAUAUUGUCGUGUACUGACAAAAGUAGACUGCAUUUUAAAGGUAUAGUGAAAUGUUAUAAUAGAUACAUAAAUAAUUAGCACUUAAAUUAUCAUAACUUUAUUUUUACAAGUGAAAAAUAAAAAUAAUUAUACUGUAAAAUGGGGUACAGUAAUAGAAACAAACUUGAAGAAAAUUUUGUACAUGUGUGUCUGACCAAAAAAGAAACUAACCAACAAAUUAGAAAUUCUUCUAUGCUAUCUCUUAGAACAUUAUAUUUUAAAAAAAAUAUGGACAUUGUUCUGUUGCAAUAUGGUCCACUAGUCACUGAUUGGAUAAAAGUACUAAAUGCUGGUAGUUGGUUGUGGGUUUGUAUCUCACCAACAGACUGGUCACAUGGAGUUUUCCGGUUUUUUUCAUGUUAGUAACAUCUAAAUAGUUUCCCAUAAAAGACUUCCUAGGAGACAUUUUCCAUUGGCAGAUUACUCAUGCAUUGAUGUAACCAAAUAAACCAAACAUUGUUCUAUUAGACUGGCAUCACUAUUCUAAAUGUCAGACCUGUUUGCAUUUCAUGAUGGUCGGAUACAUGCUUUUGAUGUUUGACAAAAUUUGUUGGUGUUUUAUUAUAACUCAUUUUAUUAAAAAUUGUGUUAUGGGUUAUUAUCUUAGUAUCCUUUCAUUAGAAGUUUUGAAUCCGUGAGGUAAAUAUAAACAGCAAAAAUGUCUGUUUCUGUUUAUCUCAUGCAAUUUUUUUCAAUACCAGUGGUUUAAAAUUUUAAGACUUUUAUUAAGAACCUACCUCUAAAAUAGCAGAUUGGAUCUAUUUGUAUGCUUUCCUACUGAUUUUGACUUAUUUUAAUGAGGACACUUCUCUUAAACUUGGUGACUUUUGGGUCUGUGGAGUCAUUAGAUGAAGCUCCCAAUUCAAAUUUAAUUCAUAGAACUUUAGAAAGUCUGUGUCUGACUUACUUCUAAAUAAUAAUUUAAAAUAUAUUUUGAUUAUAUUAACCCAGAAUGGCAUUUCAUCAGUUUAAGUGAAUCAUUAAGCUACCUUUUUAAGCAUUUUUUUUAAAAGGAUAUAUCUGGCAUUCCUGUCAAAACCGCGAAAGUAUUUAGUAUUUAUCCUUUUUUUUCAGUGUUUUUCAUUAUCAUCACUAUCAUCAUCAUCCUCAUCAUCAUGAAUUGCAUAUUGACACACACAAAGUUUCCCAUGUAUGGUUAUAGUAAAGUAUUGAAAAAUACCAGUUUUAACCCAAGUUAUCUUAGCCAUUUUGUAUGAUAAAAAAAUUUACAAUUAUCUAGCAUAGACUGCACUUGAAUAGAAAUUUUUGAAAAGAAAAUCAGCAGUAAUUACUGAUAUAUAAAAAGAGAUCAUGAAGUUGGAGAUUUCUAGAGUAUCAAAUUGAUGAAUGUGGACAUGUAGAGCUUUUUCUACAGAACAUGACAGAAGACAAGAUUUUUGGUGAUGUUUGAGCAAUUUUACUUCACACAUGGGGAUGUUGGGAAAUUCUCUACCCCUUACCAGUAUGUUUCAGAAAUUUCACUGAUGACUUCCAUGACUUGAGUAUUUUUUAAAAUCACUUUCAUUUUUAUCCAUGAAAUUAUUUUCUAGAUUAUUUGAUGAUCUGAACAGGAAAAAGUUUUGUGAAAGUUUUUUCUUUUUGUGUAAGUUAAUAUAAUUAGCAUAAUAUAAGACCUGUGUAACUAAUAAACAGUUUUUGCACAGAAAAAGCAUUUCCUUUCAAUUUUCCAGUUGUAAAAUAUAAACAAAUAUGACUUUUAAGUUAUUGUUUCUAUUCAUUGUUUUUUAUUUACUCCAAUUUACUUGAUGUUGCUUCUAUCAAGUAAAAAGAAGAAGAAAAAAGAAGGAAUAAAUAAGUUAUUUUGAAUUAAAUAUUUAGUUAUUCUAAUUUUGAAUAUAUUCAUUUUAGAUUUGUGGAAUGUAAUGAAUGUGGAAGAAAAUUGCAUCAAAUAUGUAUGCUCCAUUUUGAUCCUAUUUGGCCUGAAGGAUUUUGUUGUGAGAAUUGUUUAAAAGCAAAAGGACGAAAAAGAAAAGAAAAUAAAUUUACAGCUAAAAGACUUCCUCCUACAAAACUUGGAAACUAUAUUGAGAAUCGUGUAAAUAAUUUUCUGAAGAAAAAAGAUUCUGGAGCAGGAGAAGUUACUGUUCGUGUUGUUUCUAGUUCUGACAAAGUAGUGGAAGUGAAACCUGGAAUGAAGAGUCGCUAUGUUGAUACAGGACAAUGGCCAGAUCAUUUUCCUUAUAGAACAAAGGCAUUAUUUGCAUUUGAGGAAAUUGAUGGAGUUGAUGUUUGCUUUUUUGGAAUGCAUGUUCAAGAAUAUGGAUCUGAUUGUGCACAACCAAAUACAAGGAGAGUGUAUAUAGCUUAUCUAGAUAGUGUACAUUUCUUUAGACCAAAGCAUUUUAGAACUGCUGUUUAUCAUGAAAUUUUACUAGGAUAUUUGGAUUAUACUAAACAAUUAGGAUAUACAAUGGCUCAUAUUUGGGCUUGCCCUCCAAGUGAAGGUGAUGACUACAUAUUUCAUUGCCAUCCUGCUGAACAAAAAAUACCAAAGCCAAAGAGAUUACAAGAAUGGUAUAAGAAAAUGUUAGAUAAGGGUAUUAUUGAGAGAAUAGUUUUGGAUUACAAAGAUAUUUUAAAACAAGCAACAGAAGAUAAUUUAAGUAGUGCAGCUGAAUUGCCAUAUUUUGAAGGAGACUUUUGGCCAAAUGUUUUAGAAGAAAGCAUUAAAGAAUUGGAUCAAGAGGAGGAGGAAAAGCGUAAAGCUGCAGAGGCAUCUGCAGCAGCCGCUGCUGCAGCUGCUGCUUCUGAAGCACCCGGUGAAGGCGAACCUGACAUAGCAGAUGUGAGCUUUAGUUUUCAUUUUUUUCAGGAUUUUGAUCUCUGCAUAACUUGCUUCAAUAAAGAUAAUCAUCCUCAUAAAAUGGAUAGGUUAGGAUUUGAUCUAGAUGACGGAUCUUCGACAACUGAUCAGAAACAAACUAAUCCUCAGGAAUCACGUCGUUUAUCAAUCCAACGCUGCAUACAGUCAUUAGUUCAUGCUUGCCAAUGCCGAGAUGCAAACUGCCGACUGCCAAGUUGCCAAAAAAUGAAACGGGUUGUGCAACAUGCAAAGAGCUGCAAGAGAAAAACAAAUGGUGGAUGUCCAAUUUGCAAGCAGUUGAUUGCUUUAUGUUGCUAUCAUGCCAAACAUUGUCAAGAAGCAAAAUGUCCAGUUCCCUUCUGUCUGAAUAUUAAACAUAAAUUACGACAACAGCAACUUCAGCAGAGAUUACAACAAGCUCAGAUUUUGAAAAGACGUAUUGCAAGUAUGGCAACCAUGCAAAACAGAGGUGGUCUCCCUAAUCAGAUACCACAAACAAGUCCAGGUGGACCCACAACUCCAACCCAAGCAUCUCCAAGUCCUCAGCAUCAUGUAUCUCCUUUACCACCACAACCAGGUAUUGGUGUUAAACCUACAACAAGUGGUCCACCAGCUGGUGCUUUACAAGCUGUGCAACAAGUACAAGCUGCUGCUGCAAGGCAACAGGCACCUCAUAUUGGUGGAUAUGGAAAAGGAAAUGCCAUGGUAAAUCCUGGUCCUACUGGUCCAGGAAUGAUGCAGAUUCCUCAGAUACAACAUCAGAUGCAAAAGCCAAUGGGCCAAGUAAUACCUAAUGUUGGAAAUCAAAUGAUGCAAAACAUGGGAGGAAUUACGUCUUGGGAUAAUUCUGGUUAUAACCAGUCGAGCAUGUCUCAGAACCCACAAUCACAACCACAGUUGGGUCUUCGACAACCAGUUCAAUUAAUGGGGCCAUCUGCAGGAAUACCUAAUUCGUUAGGUGGUCCUAGUGCACAUAUGGGUCCUCCUCAGACAGCACCUGGCCCAGGUACAAAUCCUGGUGGACAACGUCCAAAUCAAGCAUUACAUCAAUUGUUACAGACAUUAAAAUCUCCAAAUUCUCCGCAACAGCAGCAACAAGUUUUACAUAUCUUAAAAAGCAAUCCUCAUUUAAUGGCAGCAUUUCUAAAGCAGAGGACAGCACAACAACCAACUCAACAACAACAGCAGCAGAUGAUGGUAACUGGCCAGGGAAACCUUGUGUCAACUCCACCACCUCAAGCUGGUCCUACAAAUCAACUAACACAACAACAACAACAGUGGUAUCAAAAACAGCAAUUAAUGGUCAUGCAACAGAGGCAGCAGCAGCAGCAACAACAACAAAGUCAGUUUCCUCCACCACAGGCUCCUUUGUAUAGUCAACGACAAAGGGCAACCCAUCCAAUAAAUUUUAAUCCUCACCCACAGAACUUUCAAGGUGAAACAGGAAAUCAGUUUCAAUUUCAGCAAACCCAACAGCAAAUAUUAAUGCAGCCACAAGUCCAACAGUUGAAACAACAAAUGGCUUCUCCUACACACCCUCCUAUGAGUCCACAACAGGCAAUGAUGGUUCAUACUCAACCGGUUCCAUCACCUCAACAAUUAAUGCAACAAGUGCAGUCACCACCACCUACCCAUUUACCUCAAACUGUUAGAUCUCCACAGCCAUCACCUAGAACUCAAACACCACAACCAAUUCAAUCUCCUCAUUAUCCUUCACAGACUCAUUCUCCACAUCCUAGUUUGUCUGGUGCUGGUUUAGGAGGAACUGAUCAAUUGACAUCUAAUAUGAUGCUUCCUCAACUGUCCAGUACAACAUCCGCGCAUCCCAGUAUAGCCAGCCAGUUACAAAAUCCCGACAUGGGACUCUCGCGAGACGAUACUGAGAUACGUUUAACACCGCAAGAGCAGCUCAAUAAGUUCGUGGAGAACUUGUAAAAAUUAAAUGAAACAUUCAAUAAGCUGUCAACUUGUGCAGAGGCAUCAAUAUUUGGGAAAAGUUAUUUUGAAAGAACUAAUUGAUGCAGAUUUGGUACAAGAUGUUUUAUUACAGUAAAUUUUAUAUCCUGCAUGUGGACAUACAUAACAGAUGGACUUUGUGCAGAAGUUUUUUUACGGAAAUGCACUUGUAUAUUCUUAAAUAUGUGUUAAAAUUAAAUUUUUGUAUAGUUCA